AUCUGUGCUCGAAAAUCUUUCAUCGUCUUUGUGUCGGAACCAUGGCGGAGAGAUGGAGGAACACGGCUCUACUCGUUAUCGAUAUGCAGAAGGAUUUCAUAGAGGAAAGUUCAAUGAUUCGAGUGAAAGGAGGAAAAUCUAUAGUUCCUAAUGUUAUUAGAGUCGUUGAACUCGCGAGGCAGCAUGGUAUUCUCGUAAUUUGGGUUGUUAGGGAACAUGAUCCUCGAGGAAGAGAUGUUGAGAUAUUCAGGCGUCAUCACUACAAUUCUGAUCAAGUCGGACCAACUGUUAAAGGCACUGUAGGAGCAGAAUUAGUUGAUGGAUUGAUCAUCAAGGAAGAAGAAGAUUAUAAGAUUGUGAAAACUCGUUUUAGCGCCUUUUUUAGUACCAAUCUUCAUUCCUUCUUGCAAACUUCUGGGGUUACCAAUUUAGUCAUUGCUGGUGUUCAAACGCCAAAUUGUAUCCGGCAUACGGUUUUUGAUGCAGUGGAGCUGGAUUAUCCAAAUGUGACUGUUAUUACAGAUGCUACAGCUGCUGCAACACCAGAGAUCCAUACUGCGAAUAUUCUUGACAUGAAGAAUAUAGGAGUCAAGACUCCUACAUUACACGAGUGGUCCGAAGAACUUGCUUGAGAAUUCGCAUCACAAAUGUCAUCCUAAGUCCUUCUAUCUUCUUUUUCUUGUUUGUACAUGUAAUAAAGAAAAUAUUAAAUCUUCUUGUUGUAAGUUACAAAAUCUCCACUUAUUAUUUGUAUUCCCUUCCAAAAAAUAAAAUUGUUACAUUUAAUAAAAUACUAUAAACAA